AUGGGAUUCCUACUACAAUUACAUCAGAUAGAGACACCAAGUUUGUGGGACAUUUUUGGAGGACUUUGUGGCAUAAGAUGGGGACUCGGCUCCAAUUUAGCAGUGCACAUCAUCCCUGAACAGAUGGUUAGACAGAGGUUGUCAAUAGGACCCUUGAGGUGGUGGACCAUACAAAAUAUUGAAAGGGUUGGUCAAAAUGCUUAUGUACUUGAGUUCCCGAAUGACAUUGGUGUCUCACUUACAUUCAAUGUCGCUGACUUGCAAGCUUACUAUGGUGAGAAUGGAACCCCAGAUGUUGACUCGAGGUCGAGUCCUUUCCAACCCGAAGAGGCUGAUGUAGGAGCAUCCCAAGCCAAACUAGGGAAGCCCAAGAGAUCAGUCAAGCCUCCUAAUUACCUCAAAGAUUAUUGCCCAAAAUAA